AUGUCUCAGUUGGAUGACACACACGAUCUACUAAACAUGGGGGAUGCGGGUUCCGGAUCGAAAGAAUCAGACUCUGCCUUGAGGCGUGGUGGUGACGUUUCGGGCGGCAAAGCAGCGCCAGUGAACGGUGCCGUGGCUGCUUCCGAAAGCGACAACGCAAGCAGCAGUAGCGCCGCAUUACGUAAUAGCAGCGCGUCGUUCCGGGAAGGUCCACCUGGAAGGCCACCUCUAUUGAGCCAGAGGUUUACGGUGGCCCGUCAGCAUCUACCGGGUCAGCUGCAUGAGAUCCUUAUGUGGCGGAACAAGUACCGCUCGGGGCUCGCUUUCGCCUUGGGUAACUUGUUCUUCUAUUUCACCACGUUCGGGGAACUGAGCAUCAUCACCGUAUUCUCUAUGAUCGUGUUUUGGAUCGUGCUACUGGGUUCGUGUCUCGUUCUCCUGAGCCGCGCACUGGCGUACCUGACGUCAGCGAGCCCCGUACCUGGCGCAUCACCCGUUGGUACGACGGCACCGACGCGUCGCUUGCUGAACCGAGAAACUGCGGAGCGGCUCACGGAGAGCACCAUGAAAACGGUUAACGGGUUGGAGAACCUUUUGCGCGACGCAGCGCAUUGUCGUGAUUGGCAGCUCACCGUGAAGGUGCUCCUUGGCUCCUAUCUGAUCGGCAAACUGGGACCGCUGUUUCUGAAUAUGUACAUGGGAUGGCUCAUCUUUCUCAGCGUAAUGACGUUACCCAAGGUUUACGAAUGGAAGCAGCGUGACAUUGACGAUCUCAUUCGGGAAAUUCAACCCGUUCUCCAGAGCAAGCUCUAUGAAGCCGAGGCGCUCAUCAAGAAUCAUAUCAGCAGCGUGCUCUCCCAGAUACCGCCCAAGGUCCACGAGUACUCCGAGAUGCUUCGAGCGCAGCUGCGCGCGCUGACGGGCGCAUCCGACCGUGCACGAAGCAGCAGCAGCCGCCCGCCGUUUUCAGCCGGAACCAGUGCCGCAACAUCGUCGUCCAUGACAACCAGCGCUGAAACAAAGGAAGACUAA